AUGUGGGUUUUUGGUACGAUGUUAGUUCGCUUGUGUUGUGUUUUUUGUUGUUUCGUUUUUUUCUUGGUUGUUAUUGUGUUUUGUUUUGUUUUUCUUGUUUUGUUGUUUUUUGUUUGUUUUGUGUUUGUUGUUUUUUUUUUUUUUGGUUGUAUUCUUGUUUGUUCUUUUUUGUUUCGUUUGUUGUGUUGUUGUGUGUUUUGUGUUUCCUUUGUCUUUAUUAGUACAGACACUAACCAGGUUUCCAACCUCUUUAUGCUGUAAAGUUCAUGUCGGAUAAAGAAAAUCCACGACAGGCCUGAUGGAAACAGCAAAUGUAUCAGUAAACUUGUCGACAAAACAAGAUACGCUAGACAAAACAAGAUACGCUAGACAAAGCAAGAUACGCUAGACAAAACAAGAUACGCUAGACAAAACAAGAUACGCUAGACAAAACAAGAUACGCUAGACAAAACAAGAUACGCUAGACAAAACAAGAUACGCUAGACAAAACAAGAUACGCUAGACAAAACAAGAUACGCUAGACAAAACAAGAUACAAGACGCUAGACAAAACAAGAUACGCUAGACAAAACAAGAUACGCUAGACAAAACAAUACGCUAGACAAAACAGAUACCGCUAGACAAAACAAGAUACGCUAGACAAAACAAGAUACGCUAGAACAAAACAAGAUAACGCUAGACAAAACAAGAUACGCUAGACAAAACAAGAUACGCUAGACAAAGCAAGAUACGCUAGACAAAACAAGAUACGCUAGACAAAGUGGGAUCUUUUUGUGUCAGUAAUAUUAAUUUAGCUAAAAAACGCUUUUUAUGCGCAAAUAUUGAUAUAAUAACCAUCAUAUGGAAGGAAACCCUGGAGCCACGUGAUGACAUGUUGUGUGGUCCUCCCACUACGACUCGGGAAGACAUGCAGUUCAUUAGGCUACAGAUGAAAUGAGUUAUAUGAUGAACCUUUCCAAUAAAUAUCAAGGGUCUUAUUCUGGUGACAUGAUGCUUGAUGCUUGGCUGCCGUUUGACAUAGUAAGAAUGAUAUAUUUUUGUCCAUAAUAUUCUCAUCAUGUUGGCUAUACCCACACUGUAGUCGAGUGACAAAACCAUCAGUAGGGUUGGAAAUGUGAUGGAAACCCAUUUAAUUUUAACUGCAUAAGUAAUUUUUAUAUGCACUACGUCAUCACUCAAAGACAUUUAUCACGACAAGUCAAUUUGAUAGAAAAUGGUGGGAAAAUGUGCAUUUUUUGAAUAUUUGCAUGAAAAUCUGUCGACAAUUGGAUGGAAACCUAGCUAUAGUUUUUCAGUAAUCUCCACCACUGCGGCCUUGCUUUAUCCCUCUUAACUCUGUCCUCAGAUCAGUGUUAGGCUGGGUUUAGACAUGGAAUACUGUGCAGAGAGAUUAGGCAUGGAUGGUCUUAGAACAGUGUUAGUACAUGAUUAGUAGGGAUCUUUUACAGUAUUAUUGGAGUUUGACAUGUACAGUACUUUGUUUCUGGUUGUAAUCUAGCUGAGACAUGGGGUACUUGGGGUAGGGUAAAUCUCUCUGUAACUCUCUCAUCUCUCUCUCUCUCUCUCAUCUCUCUCUCUCUCUCUCUCUCCUAUUUUUUGCCUUUUCUAUCUCUCCCCUCCUCUUCCCUGUCUCUUCCCUCUCUCCUCUCCUCUCCUCUCCUCUCCUCUCCUCUCUCUCCUCUCCUCUCCUCUCCUCUCCUCUCCUCUCCUCUCCGCUCCUCUCCUCUCCUCUCCUCCCUCCUGCUCCUCUCCUCUCCUCUCCUCUCCUCAUCCUCUCCUCUCCCUCUCCUCUCCGCUCCUCGCUCCUCACCUCAUCCUCUCCUCUCCUCUCCUCUCCUCUCCUCUCCUCUCCUCCUCUCUCUCUCUCCAGUCCGAUUACACACUAGUUCAGAGAAUGGCCUUCACUCACAUGUUCAAAUGAACCCAUUUCAGAUCACGGCUGCUCUUCUGCACUGAAUGUCUCUCUGUCUGUCUGAAUGUUUGUUAUAAUGAAAGCAAGGAUUGUUUUUUUUUUACAAUACUGUAUGACAGUUGUGCUCUUACAUUUGUCUGUAUUAAAUUAGCAACAGAGUAGGACUGGUCUGACUUCUAAAAUCUGAAUGGCAAUAAGCAAUCUCCCUCUAAACUAACUCCAUUAAAUAGAUAAAGGUACAUAGAUGCACCAAACAAAAUGUUCCCAAUGACCCCAUUCCGCCAAUGUAUCCCACGUCUCAAGUCACCCUACUCACCCCUCUCCCCCUUCUCUCCUCCCUCCAGGCUCCGACUACUCCCCCCCACCGCUGCCGCCGCCGGUGGUGGCGCCCAGCCUGAACGAUACCAGCGCUGCAGAUGGGGGAGGCAGCGUGGGUGUGGGUGGUAUCACAGCCCUGGGUGGAGGUGGAGGUGGAUGUGGGCCCCUGGAGGCCGUGGUCGGAGGGGCGGUGGUGGGGCUAGCGGCCGAGCACAUCCCCAGCGGCCCCGGGGCGGCCCUUACCUGGCAGGCGGCCAUCGAAGCGGCGCGGCAGGCCAAGCAGAUGGGGAACGCUGGCGCGCCCAUCUCCACAGCCAGCUCCACACAGAGGAGGAGACAGCACUACAGCAACAAGCCCAAGAAACCCACCAACACGGCCCCCACCAGACCUCCCAGAGCACUGCUCUGUCUCACCCUCAAGAACCCCAUCCGGAGAGCAUGCAUCAGCAUUGUGGAGUGGAAGUAUCCUUUAUUAUACCUAGUCAUGGUGUGA